GGAAGCUAAAUGACUUUUUGAUUCAUGAAGAAUCUGCUCACUAAGAAGUGUAUAUCAAGCCACUGGUUGAAUUUCCAUCAAUAAGAGAUAAAGCAGAGAAUGGAGAGAAAGGUUGACUCCAGGUCUUUUAGGAAUGGUGCAGUUAAGAAACUUUAUUCUCCAAAGAUACUGUCCAACAAGAAGUCUUCUGCCUCCUCUGGAAUUCGGAGUGAGCUGCCUCAUGCUAGUCAUCCAGUGCGCUGUCGUGCCUCACAUGCUCGGACCCACAGGGGUCGGUUAAGAGAAUUGCACAUCAGAUGUGUGGCCAGAAAGUUCUUAUACUUGUGGAUUCGAAAGACUUUUGGAAGAGUAUUUCCCUCUAAAGCCAGGUUUUACUAUGAGCAGAGAUUACUACGAAAGGUCUUUGAAGAAUGGAAAGAACAGUGGUGGGUUUUUCAGCGAGAGUGGAAACUCUGUGUUCGAGCCGACUGUCACUACAGAUAUUACUUGUACAAUCUGAUGUUCCAGACCUGGAAGACCUUCGUGCAUCAGCAGCAGGAGACAAGGAACAAGUACUUGAAAGCCGAGAAUCAUGAUGUAAAGCAAAAGAUGCGACAGGCCUGGAAGUCCUGGUUGAUCUAUGUGGUUUUUCGAAGAACCAAACUUCAGAUGCAGACCAGCGCCCUGGAGUUUAGACAGCAGAGAAUUUUGUGGGUGUGGUGGAGUGAGUGGAGGCGGCGACUGGGACAGGCCCGCGUGGGCCGUGCUCUCCAUGCCUCAGCUGUCAGGCACAGGGCCCUGAGCCUCCAGCUGCAGGCUUGGUCACGGUGGCGAGAACAGCUCCUGUGUGUCCAGAGGGAGAGAUGGCAGGUCGUCUCUGCAGUGAAACACCAUCAGCACUGGCAAAAGUGGAGAUCCCUGAAGGCCUGGCUUGAAUACCUGCAGGGCCGUCGAGUGAAGAGACAGCGGAAUGAGAUGGCUGAGCGAUUCCACCGAGUCACUGUGCUCCAGACACACUUCUGUGAUUGGCAGUGGGCCUGGGAGCGGAAGGAGCGCUUGUAUGCCCACCACGCUCAGUUGGAGGUGCUGGCCAGGAAGAUGGCACUGCACAGGGCCUUUACUCACUGGAAACACUAUGUGCUGCUGUGUGCUGAAGGAGCUGCCCAGUGGAAGGUGGCGGAAGAGCACUGUAGGCGCAGCUUGCUGCACUUAUGCUUUAGAGCUCUAAAAGACAAUGUGACCCGUGCCCACCUGCAACGACUAAGAAGGAAUCUCGCUCACCAGCAGCAUGACAUCACGCUGCUGCGCAGGUUCUGGAACCUCUGGCAGUCUCGGAUGGAGCAGAGGGAGGAAAGGGAGCAGCUCCCCUGCCUGCGAGCUGCCUGGGAGCACUACAGAAUAACAUUGCUACACAAGUGUAUCAAAUUGUGGCUACAGCAUACUCAGAAGAGGCGAUACAAGCAGCUGCUGCAGGCCAGAGCAGACAGUCACUUCCAGCAGAGAGCCCUACCUGCGGCCUUCCAGGCGUGGAGAAGACUCUGGCAGUGGCGGCAGCAAGAAAGUGUUCUUCAUGCGAGAGCGGCACGCUUUCACAGGGAGACAUUAGAGAAACAAGUAUUUACUGUUUGGUGGCAGAAGAUGUUUCAGCAUCGAGAAAACCGCUUGGCAGAGAGAAUGGCCAUCCUUCAUGCAGAGCGGCAGCUUCUGCGAAGGUCCUGGUCCACGUGGCAGCAGCAGGCGGCUGCACGUCGGCAGGAGCGGCGGUGGCAAGCAGUGGCCUGUGCCCACCACGGCCAGCGGCGGCUCAGGAAGGCUUUCUGUGUCUGGAGGGAGAAAGCCCGAGGGCUCAGAUCGGAGAAGAUGGGCAGGGUGUUGGCUGCAGAGUUCCACUCGGCACGGCUCCUGCGUUGGGCCUGGAACAGGUGGAGGGAGUGUCUGGCCCUGCGGGGAGCCGAGCAGCAGAAGCUGACACGUGCAGACCUGCAUCACCAGCACACCUCGCUGCACAGGACGCUGCAGACCUGGCGGACUUACCAGAGCCAGGUGCAGAGUGUCCUACAAGAGGUGGCAGCCAGGGAGAACCAGCACAAGAGGCAGCUGCUGCGGGAUGUAUUACAUCGCUGGAGAGAGAACACCGUGGCUCGUGUAGAUGAAGCAAAGAAAACCUCUCGAGCACGUGCUCACUACAGAAGGACCGUGUGUUUCAAGGUCCUGGUCCAGUGGCGAGAGGCUGCGUCUGUGCAGAUAUACUACCGACAGCAGGAGGCCUGUGCCAUGGCGGAGGCCCAGAAGGUGCUGGAUCGGGGCCGUCUCAGGACAUGGUUUCGGCGCUGGCGGGACCUUGGCCGGAGGGCAGCCCAGCAGAGAGCCCAGCUGCAGAGGGCAGCACAGCAUUACCAGCGGCAGCUGCUGCUACAGGGCCUGGCACGGUGGAAGGUGCACCAUCUGGGCUGCGUCAGGAAGAGGCUCCUGCAGAGGCGGGGUGCCCAGUUCCUGGCCCAGACACUCAGCCAGUCCUACUUCCGCCUGUGGACACAACAGCUGGUGAACAGGAGGCAGGAGCAGCAAGGCACAGCCCGGGCCCUGUGGUUCUGGGCCUUCUCCCUACAGGCCAAGGCGUGGGCCGCGUGGCUGGGCUUCGUGCUGGAGAGGAGGAGAAAGAAGGCGCGGCUGGAGCAGGCGGUGCAGACCUACCAUGAGCAGCUCCUCCGGGAGGGCGUCACGCGCCUCCUGCGGUUCACAGCUGGCAUGAAGGCCUUCCGGCAGCAGCUGCGCACCCAGCAGCAGAUGCAGGCGGCGCACAGUCUCCACCGGGCAGUCCGUCGCUGUGCCAUGCUCUGGAAACAGAAGGUGCUGGGCCCAGGCAGGGACACUGUGCCCAGGAGAGUGACAUUCGAAGGUCUACUUCCCGACCACAUCAGUGCUGGGGCUGGGGAUGCCACCCUGGAGACCAGGAGGCCACGAGCCACUCGUGGGCCUCGGGGAGCUCUGGGCAGCCUGGCCCUGGAUGCCGGGGACCCGGAACUCUUGGAGCUCAAUGCUGUCCGCUUGGCAAGGAAGCAGCCGCGACGCCCAGACUUUCUCCUGGAGCCCUUGCAGAACCAGAGGCCUGAGGCGCUGAGGGAGCACGGCCUCGGCGUGGCCCAGCCAGCACGCCCUUCCCUGACCAGGCCUUUGCUGGCAAAGGCUCAGACGGCACUGAUCCCAAGCAGCCCCCCGCCCCAGCCUGGAGCCCUGCCCAGGCCCCCCGGCCUGAAGCUGCCCCCCACAGUGAGCACAGGCCUGCAGCUGCUGCCUCCUUCCUCCUUCACGCUGUGCAGGGUGGACACACCAGCUGGGGCUUCAGCACGGCUUACCUCCCCUGGGCUUACACCCCAGGCCCCCCCAUCCCUAGCCAGUGUCCCCGACUCCCGUCUGCUCCUGCCUGGGGACUUCACAAGCACCCGGCCCGGGCUGGGCUCCGACACUACAGGCGUGUACCUGAAGCCCCUCAGCGCAGCAGGCACUCGGGCCACUCCCAGCACCCAGGCUCCCUCCAUUCAGCCUGGACCCAGCCUGGAGGGUGGUGAAGCUCAGGCGUAUUCUGUGGCCCCGGGCCACGCCGACCUGGAGGCUGAGCUUGAGGGCAUCCAGCAACAGCUGCAGGACUACCAGACCACGAAGCAGAACCUCCAGUCCUACCAGCGGCAAGCGAGCAGCCUGCGCCGGUGGCUGGAGCUGAGCCGGGAGGAGCCCAGGUCUGAAGACCAGGAAGCGGAGCAGCAGGUGCAGGAAGAACUGCAGGAGGUGGAACUGCACAUCCAGCAGCUGGCUGCACAGCUCCAGGCCUGGCGCCGGCCCGUGGACGCCUGCAUUGCCCGUGUCCAGGCCCUGCGGCGAGCUCUCUGCUAGAGGCCUCCGCCCACCUCCGGGAACAAUGCAGAGAUCAAGUUUUAUUUUUUUAUUUCAAAAUGUUGCAAUUAA